AUGUCGGAGGUUGGACAUGAAAACUUUUCUGAAGCUAGACACGAAGAUGUUCAAGAGAAUAUAUCAGAAGUUAGGCCGGAAAGUGAGCAGGAAGUUGGUGACAGGAAUGUUGAGGAUCGGACUGGCUUUAGUCCUGAAGUUGUUUCUGAGGCUAGACUUGAAGAAGUAUUUGGAGAUGGGCACAUUGGAGAGUUUGCUACAAAUCAAGACGGAUCCAUAAAUAAUUUUGGAAGCCCUACAUCUAGAGAAGGAGAAGGGACAGAAUUUUAUGAGAGGAAUGAAGAUGAAAAUCAACGCGCAGAAGAAAGUGAGCCUGCCACGUUUCGUUCAGAUCAUAUUGAAAAGCAAAGCUUGAAUGAUAAAGAAGAACAAUCUCUUCAGUUAUCUGAAUCACCGAAUCUCUUAGCCUCUGGUUAUGAGGAUGAUGCUCGAUCUAAUCAUUCUAAACCUUUUCUUCAACAGCCUUCAAUAGAAAUAACGCCAGCUUCUGAUCAUAAAUAUGUUGGGGUAUUAUCGAGGAGAAGAUGAACCGAAUAGUGAACAUUCCCAGCCCAUGUCGCCCGUUGGAGAAGAAAGUCAGCAACAACAACCACCCGUCGAAUGGAGGAAUUAUGAACAACAAGACAUUCACCAGGAGAAUCGCAACAAUAAUAACAACAACUACCAAGAACAACUUAUCGACUUCAGCUCAUCACCAACUGCUCAAGGGGAUGAAAUAAUAGAUAUUAGUGAUCAAACACAACAUUCCCCUCAUCAAAACGGGCAUCUGAAAAAUUAUGAGCAACACGAAAAUGAAGAUG